AGACUAUCCGUAGCAAAAUUUUGGCCCAUGUAAAGAUAACAUGGCCACACAAGACAACUAUUGAAAUAUAGACUAGACUAUCCCUAGCGAAGUUUUCCUCGAAAUCGUUGCACACCGCAAAUGAAGAUUGGAAAACUACCGCUUUGACGUACUAACUGACUUCCUCGUUCGCCGGGAUAGACAUACGUUUUAGAGAUAUAACGUAUCCAUUUUGAGGAAGCUAAAAAUGGAUAGCUGAAGGAUGUGAACUUGGAUCCAGCUUAUCGAUCAUUUGGAAUUAUAGGCAGACGGAAUCAGCAUUUUUGAUGCAUAUCAUAUCACUACUGUUGUUGGACAUUUGGUGCCCACGUAUCCUCCAACAACCGAGCAUAAAUUAUGAGUAAACGGCGCGCAAAUCCUAGUAAUGAAAAAUUAUCACAGACUAGUAUUGAACAAAGCAUACAGAAUUUGAAAAUUCUAAGUAGAAAACAAAUGGAAAUGAAGUUGAUACCAGGUACAAUCAUCAACAUGUCUGAUGAUACUGAAUAUACUGAGAACUUCAGCAGAAAAUCACAUUCUGAACUGGGAGUCAAGAAAUUUUUUUUGCCAUUUAACUUGGAUAGUGAUGAAGAUAGCAACAUAACAUUUAGUGAUAACACUCCAACAGUAUCCCCAAAAGUUACUCCUGUUAAACCAGCAGCAUAUAUUGGAGUCCACAAACCUGUUGCUUGUUCAACACCUCAUAUUGCUGUUGACCCAAAUGUCAGCUCAAACCUUCAACAAUCAGAUGUAGGAGGAGACACUAAUGAAACCACUAUUAUUUAUGAGAGUUCUACUAUUGCAAAAUCUGUGAUUCAUGUAAUAGAUGAGAGAACAAUAGUUUCUCCAAGAACUUCCAAUAAUGCGGAUGAAUCAAGAAUCAUGCGAACAGAUUUUGGUCAACAAAUGUCAUUUAGUCCCCAAAGGACCCAUACAAUUCAGAAGAAAAGCUGUGGAGGAACAUCAGAUGUGCCUUCUUCAAUCAGUCCUCAAAAGGUCGAGCAUGUAGAGAAAAAAGGCACUGAAGGGAAGAGAAAAAAUCCAGUAGCAAAUAAAAGUGGUACUAAAGCUUCUAGUUCUCCACAGUUGGCUGGGGUGGAUAAUUUAGCUGGCCAUUCAAAUGAAUCUGGAGCCCAGAAAAAGCGUGCCCCAAGAAGGAAACAGAAUGGUUCAGAAAAUGGCGGAUCACCUAGAAAAUUUACCAAAACAUACCAAAUUCCAGGUAAGACUAUAGAUAAAAAUGGCCCAGUCAAUGUGGCAUACCUCGCUGAUUGCCUGUAUGGUACAAACACAUCUUCAACAGUUUCAAUGACUAAUAAGGCAGGAUCUAAAGACAAAAAUUGUUCAGCAUCGAAAAAAGGGAAAAUUGAUGCUAAAGAGCAAGUAAUUAAACUCAGAGACCAGUUAAUAUCAAUCGGAAAGUUACCACCUAUGUGCACUACUAUGACAAUGCCCGAGCUUCAAGCUUUGAUAGAUGAAAAUACAUCAAGUAAUUUUACAUCUCACAACCAUACAAAUGCAGCUGAUGUAUCUGUCAAACCAAGUAGCGACAGUCUUAAAGAAAUAAUUAUUGCUUCAAAAAGACUACAAAAUGCCAAUAAACCGGAGGUGGCAAAAAACUUAUUUGCCGAUCCUGGCAGAAACACUUCUUCUGGAGUAGCAAAAAUACCGUUGGCGCCUUCAUCAACAAGCAAUUCAACUACAUCUUCAUUAAAAUCAACCCCAAAAGCAACAGGUGCAUUGACAGAAAAGGAUGCAGCUUAUACAGUAUUGACAAAAUCCAUAAAAGAUACGUCGAGCUCUGACUACUCUGCAACAAAAACUGCAGUAGUUAUGAAUCAAGCUAGUACGUUGCCAGGAAAAGCUUUCGGAUUGCCUAGUGGUGUUACAGUGACUGUGGUUAAGCGAAAACGUCUUGUAGCUUCAUCGAUUACUGCAAAUAGUACAUCGGGCACUGGCCAAAAUUCAAUAGAAACUACUGAUGCAGUUGCAAAUGCAUUAGCUUCAACUCCAACCAAAAGUUCUACAAAGCAAACAGGUUCUAAACCAAACUCGACAACAAAACGUAAUGUUGAUUCUGCAAGUGAUAUCGCAGAAUCUGACCGGUCCUCAAAAAACACUACGACAAAGCCGUCUUUUACUACAGAUGCAUUUGGUUCAAACAUUGGAAAUCCAACUUCAGAACAAUGUAUGAGGACUCAAACCAAAAGUACCCCUACAUAUUCAAAUAGUACUUCAGGGCCUUAUGUAGCUGCAGGACCACAAAAUUUAUCCAUAAGAACUCAGACCAAAUGUUCUGCUGUUGAGCAAACAGGUUCUACAGCAAAUUCAAAUGUAUCAACUGCACAAGCUAGGAGCUCAGCGUCGGAUUCUUGCAUGAGAACUCCUACCAAGCGUACCAAUCGGAGUCCUGAGAGGUCACCCAAAAAAUCACCUAGAAAAAUGAGUAUGUCUCCCAGAAGCCCAAAGAAACAAUCCAAAUUUCCUACGAGACACCUGGAACUCAUCAAGGAAAAAAUAUAUAAGGCUGUGAAAGAAUCACGACACGCGAAAGACCUAGUCGAGAAUGAGUUGAAUAUGGUGGGAAAGUUUUUCGAACUACGCGAAAAAUACCAAUUCGUCUGUUUGAAAUUGUUGACUUGGCAGUGGAAAUGGUACAACGUUCACAAGUUCUGCAGAAAGAUUGAGGUUGAUAUGAAUUAUAACGAAACGACUUGUAUGUAUGAGUUCCUAAAAGACGAAGGUUAUGUUGAUACCGACUAUGACAAAAGAGAAAAUGUCUUAUUUCUGUUGAAUACCUUGGAUCGUGUAGACAUACGCGACAUAUGCGACGCUUUCAAGUUGAACGGAAAAAAUAAGAAGAAAAAGGAAAUGAUUGCAUUAUUAAGGAAGUACGGAAACACUCAGUGCACGUUAACUUCAAAAAAAACUUCCUCAGACCUACUGCUGGAAAAAGUCAAAGAUAAAAUGGGUGCUGCUAUAAAAAUGAAUGAUGGAUUUAGAAAGGCGUUUUACAGACUCUACACGUUAGCGACUUUCAGUAAUAUCGCUUUCGCGAAUAUCAGCGAUUUUUUCAACAAGAUAUUGCACAAUGGAGUAGCAAUUCCUGAGUAUGAUGUAUCUGAAACUCUAGUAUUUUGGGGACCAAGUGAAUUUGACAGCUACGUAGAUGCAUUGGAAGAUCGAAAAUAUUUGGAAGAACAUUGUUUGUCCAAAAAGCACGUCGAUGUACUAGCCCGUUGUGAACAUGUUUUUGAAAGAUUGAAAAAACUAUCUGUUCAAGACGAAGAUCAUCAGCGGUAUGAGGAAAUACCGCAUCUGAAAAGAUACACUGCAAAAUCGGUUUAUAUAUCUUGUCUAACUAAAGGAUGUGAAUUUCUGCGACCGACAUUUCCAGAAGAUGUUACUGUUUGGUUGGAAUACUUGAUCGAGAAAUUUAGUACUUCGCAUAAUCUGGGAAAAUGGUAUAACAAUCUUUGUUGCAUCUACAUGUCCAAAGAGAAGAAUUACAAGAAAGCGAGUAAACUGAUUCUUGAAGCGUUCAAAGAACGUUCUAGCUAUUUGACUGAAGUUCAAAAGUUUCUGCUAAGUGAAAGGGCAGAGUCACUCAAGUCUUCGGUGAAGUACAAAGUGGAUCAGUUGGAUCACGACGAAUUAGCGAAAUAUGUUCCAGUUCCUAAAUACGAUUUUACAGAGGAUAGAAUCGAUGCCAGGACUAUAAGAGAAAACGAAUCAGGCAGAAAACGUCAUUAUGUCGUUCAGGAUGCAGAUGGGUCUUCGACCUAUAUGACCGUAGAAGACAUUGCCCUGCAAUAUUACAAAAAUGAAUGUGGAUACACAGAUGGCGGUCACUUUGAAGGAGGUAUCGUGAUGGCUCUUUUCAAUCUUCUGUUCUGGGAUAUCAUCUAUAAUCCCAAACAACCCGUUCCGGCUUCGUUUAUAUCAACAUUGCAGUAUGUUCCUUUAGACAUCUACACAACGUAUUUCUAUCAGAACAGGCAGAAGGAGAUCGACAGCCGCAUACGUAAGAUCCGCUCCAGUUGGAGUUACUUUGACCUUCUGAAGUUCGCACGUAGCAAAUACACCAAACAUUCGCAUGAGAAUUCCAUGUGCGUGAUCCAAAAUUACAUAAGUGAUCCUAGACAGUUGGACGACCUGAUCCUGUGCAUUGGAAGAAACCUGUUGGCGGGCAUUUUUGAGCGGCUUGUCAAGGACAUCAAACAGUAUAAAAGCGGCUUUCCUGACCUGACGGUGUGGAACGUCAAAGAGCAGAAGUGUAAAUUCGUCGAAGUAAAAGGGGAAGGUGAUAAAUUAUCCGCCGGUCAGAAUUUGUGGAUCAACUACUUGAAGACUAUUGGUGCUAAUGUAGCAGUUUGCGUCGUCCACUCUAUUGGAUCUAAAAGAAGAAAACUGAAGGGAAGCAUUAAGCAGUCAAAGUCCAUGCUUCAAGAAGAAUCAGUCAAUCUAGGUGGAUCAUCCGCAGCACCAUGACGAAUUCUACAAAAUUAUAAUCUGGAUAUUUUUUUAUGUUCACUAUAUACCUUUGAUGAACGUAUUCUGCCUCAAAAUAACCAACCUAAUACUAUGUUCCCGCGUCCAAAAAACUAUCCGAGAUUCUGUUUACUAUAUACAUGGUGUCCCAAUAACCAUGCGAGGAUGGAGUAUUGCUCCUAAACAAAACUUUUCAAAGAAAAUUAUUUAUCAAUUGUAUGUGAUUUUGGGAAGCGUAUUUCUACAAUAUUCGCAAUUAUACAGGGUGACCCGAUUUUGACGCACAUAUCAAAGCUGAUUCUUCUUACCACUCCUCUUCUACGUUUUAUUACACAUUUGGAUAGACCCUUUUGAAAAAACACGAUUAAUCUGACAUACUUAUCGAUAUUCAUUACUAGUUUUUAAACUAAUGGGUAUUUUAUAUAUAAAAAACAAAGUUUGAUAACCUGUAUGGCUGCAAUGUUGACAGGUCGUGAAUUUGUGUCAAAAUUUUACUUAAUUUCAGCCUAAGAGCCGUUUUACACACAAGAGAAUUACUCCGAAAAUUAUGCUGAAAAUUUUUGUCGUCGUAUUACACGUAAAAGAAUUCUUGUGAAAAUUUUCAUGGUAAUAAUAUAAAACCCGUUCUAUAGAAUUGCGCGAGAAUCGGCGCAUAGGGUUAUUUCUGUGCAUGUCAAUAUCAAAUGUCAACGUCAACAACAUAACCUCACUUAACAUUUGUGAGUGUGGUCCUGUUCAAGUCGUACGAAGAAGCGUUUAUUGUUAUUGUUUAUUCAUAAUGUCGUGGAAUCGGGAAGAAGUUACACUGUUGUUGGAGGAGUACCAAAAAUGGCCAAACCUGUACAAGGUGAAGUCACCCAAUUACAAAAACAGAAAUUUGCGGCGUCAGGCGCUGGAUGCGAUAGUCCAAGCAUUGAGAAGUUUUAUAAUAUUAACCAAGAUCUCGAUUUCCAAAAUAAAUUUAAAUCAACGACGUCUGUUGUCUUUCCGAUUAUAUUUGACGUCAUACCCGUUAAGGUUAUGCCCAUUCGAAAAUAUUACUCUAAUGCGCAGGCGUAUCAUAUGAAUUACUACGAAAUUUUGUUUGCAUGUGUCAUACAGGUUGUAGAGAAAAUCUUCAAUAUUUUUUCCAUGCAAAUUUUCGGCAUAAUUAUGACCAUAAUUUUCGGAGUAAGUCUCUUGUGUGUAAAACGGCUCUAAUUCAACCGUUUUUUGAAUUCCCAGAAUGAAUACAAACGCAGACUGUACUUUGUCGAAAAAAACUCUAACACCCUGUAUAUUUUGUGCUAUCGGGACCCCAUUUUCAUGAGCGGUUUUUGCGUCAUAGCUAUUCAAAAAAUUGGAUAUUCCCCUAUUCAAACAAUUCACUACAUGGAAACAAAAGACAAGUAAUCGAUUUUAGACAAUAUGUCAGGCUUUUAAAAAACCAAGUAACUCAAUGCAUUUGUGUUGUAAUUCUUUAUUAUUAUAAUGUAAAAUUAUUUUUAAGAUGUCUGAAGAUGAAAACAAACAACUAAAAUCUAAACUAUUUUACUGCGAUAGAAAAUGUUCAAAAAUAUCCCGUUGAUGUUGAACACGAAAAAGUGUUUGUUUCUCUCUCAAAGGCAUUGGAUUACUUGGUUUCUUGAUAAAAGCAUGAUUUUAUGGAAAGAUUGUCAAUAAUCUUUUGCUUGUUUUUUGUUUUCAUGGACUAUUUGUUUGAAUAGGGAAAUAUCCAAUUUCUUGAAACAAAUAGCUAUAAUGCAGAAACCGUUUGAACCAACUGGUAACAACCGCACAAUGAAAAUAGGGAUACGAUAGUGCAAAAAUAUUUUGCGAAAAAGUACAUUUUUCGUUUUCGACCUUCCAGAAAAUUCUAAAAAUUGAUAUAUUAGGCUAACAUUGAGUGAAAUAAAAGAAAAUUAAUGCAAAGUUCACAACUCCACUUGUCAACUUAGCACCUAUGCAAGCUGUCAAACUUUGUUUUUUUAUAUAAAACAUUCAUUUUUUCAACGACUAUAAUGACCAAAACCCAUGCUAUAUAAAUCUUGUUCUUUUAAAAGGGCUUAUUCGAAUAUGUAAUAAAAAGUAGGGCAUUCGAUUUAAGAAAAAUGAACUUUGAUAUGUGGGUCAAAAGUGAAACGCCCUGUAUAAUUGUGAAUAUUUUAUUCCAUCGUAGCACGGUUGGGACACCAUGUACACUGUGAAUAUACUCAGCAUACAUGUGGCUACAGCGCCAUUUAUGAGACACUAACCUUUUCAGAGUAUACGAGUAUAUAGCAAAUAGGAAAAAAGCUGUGACAAAUUCUUAUAGAUGACGCUACGAUAUCUUAUUUUAUGUCGGAUAAUUGUUCAGACGCUGGAAUAUAGCAUUAGGUUGGCUAUCUUGAGGUGGACUAGGUUAAUCAAAAGCUUGAACUUAUAAAAGUUGUGCCAUUAUUUAUGAAUACAUACCAUGGGUAUGUCCUAUACAUACCAAAUAUCUUAAAAUAGGUGAAAAGUAUACUUUGUUGAAUGCAAGAUAUUUUAUAUAUUGUUUAAUCUACUUUUGUCAUACAUUUUAUAAAAUUGAUACGUUGUCAAAGCAUAUAAUUAUUAUUAUCGGAACAUAAAAUAUAUUUACCUUAA